UUCUAGUAUAUUAUAAAAAUGUCACAAAAAUGCGACUCAAUACAAUUUCAUGAGGAUCAAGAAGACCUCUUAAUGUCAUAUCUCAAUUCUGACUAUAUGUCUACUGCCCCGCCUUGUUGGUCCCAUCAUCCUCCUACACCUAGUUCCACACCUACCCUUCAAAGUCCUUCAUCCACAGAUAUCCGUCAAACUUUUUUCGAUUCAUCUUGGAAUCAUCACCCUAACACACCCACAGGUGAACCAAUGUUAAAUGAAUACCCGUUUAUAUUACCAGAUCAGCCUAUUGUCCCAUAUCACCCGUAUUCAUUCUUUCACCAACCUGCCUCUCCUCCUUCGUCGUCAUGCUCAUCCGAUACAGAACAAAGAAUUAAGCGGCGUGGGCGUAAGAAGCGCGACUCUUGUACAACCACGACUCCUUUACCUCCUACUGUAAUUGCUCCUGCUGCCGUAAAACUAUUAGCCACAAUUCUACCUGCUCAGCAAGAGAAGAGAUCGAUUGCUAGCUCCUAUGGUAACGUUAAUAAAUUUACGCCAAUAAUUAAGCAAGUGACAGAUGACACUCAGAAAGCAGCUACAAUUGCAAAGAGACAGGAAAGAUUAAUUAAGAAUAGAGCGGCUGCAUUACUUUCUCGUAAAAGAAAGCGAGAGCAUCUAACUGCACUUGAAGAUCAAAAAAAUGGAUUAUCAAAUGAAAAUGAUGAGCUUAAACAAAGGGUAAUACAAUUGGAAAAAGAGAAUAUGGAAUUAAAGAACAGGUUGAAUGUGCAAAGUGAUAAUAAAAGUAUCAUGAUUUUAAUGAUGAUUUUAUUUUCUUUUGCAUAUCUGGUUUCUAAUGCAAUGAGAUUAACAGUAAAUAACACUACAACACCGAAACCUCCAUUUUUUAAAAGUAUAAAUGAUGAUGCUACUAGUUUUCAAUGCUACUCGGAUGAAGAAGAUCAAUUAGUAUUUGGCUUAAAAAAACGUUAUGCUUCUUUAAAAAGAAAAAGAUUUGAAAGAAUAUAGUAUAGCUACAUCAUUUUAUUUGUAUUUCCCAUUUAAUGUACACAACAACAACAACAACAAAAGUCUCAUU